UUAAACGAAACAUUCCAUUAAAUUUUGUCAAUUAUAUUUAUUAUUUUGUAUGCAUUUGAAACAAAUGCAUACUGACACCUUGAUCACUGUAAGACCAACAUUACUAACAAAAAUUAUAUACAUAUAAAAAUGGCGUUUUCGAAACCAAAGGAAAUGAUAUUAAAUUUCGCAAGUGUAUAUUUUCAAUACCUUUAUAGUAAUCCGGUUAAAACAAAAGCAAUUUCCAGCUGCAUUAUUAAUGUUUUGGGAAACUUAGUACACCAGAAGUUAACUGGCGGGAAAUCUAUAGAUGAAGAUAGACUUAUUGCAUUUGGUCUUUUUGGAUUGUUAUUAGGAGGUUCUGUACCACAUUACUUUUAUUUAUACACACAUUCCUUGAGAAAAUAUCCAUUGACUUUGCUUUUGAUAGAAAGAUUGGUUUAUACACCUUGUUUUCAAGCAUUAACGUUAUACAUACUUGCUCGAUUAGAGGGUAAAUCUCACAAAGCCUCUAAAGAACAAUUACAAAAGCUUUACUGGCCCGUUCUUCUAGCUAAUCUCAAAUAUUUAACUAUAUUUCAAUUUAUCAAUGUAAAAUAUGUUCCUUCAGUGUUACGCACAUUAAUAUUAGAUAUAAUCAGUUUUAUAUGGUCGAUUUAUCUCACUAAUGAAUGCAAAAAAUCAACUGUUACUGAUAAGAAAUCAAAGAAAUAAUAUCUUAAUAUAAUGUUAUUGAUUUCAAUUGGUACGUAUUAAAAAAAUGAAAUAAACGAAACAAAAGUAACACACACAUAUAUAUAUAUAUAUAUAGGUUUAUAUGAAUUAUAUAAUAAAAAUGUAAAGAUUGUUUAAAUUAAUAUUUGGGAUGUAUUUCAUGAAAUAUAUUGUAUAAAGUUGUUUGCAAAUAAAUGUGGUUAUUGGUGUAAUUAAUAAA